CUUCUGCUCUGCACCAGGCCCGUGCGUGCGCCUGUCAAUCAAGGAGUAAACAUUAAAAAAUCGGUGGCAUUUAAUUACAAAUAUUGAACUAGUUCCUUGAAGCUGUCACUCUGCCUUUCACAUCCCUGAGGAUGUUGACGAAGGGUUGCAGCCUCUCUCGAGGUCGAUCAAUCCUCCCUGGAUUAUUCCAAGGUAAAAGCCAUCCGAGAUGCCUGACGACGGCUGCAGAGCCGAAGGCUCCGAAGGUCAAGACUGAGAUACCUGGACCUCAAUCGAGAGAGUUGUUGCAGGAACUUAAUAAAUAUCAGCAAGCCGCAACGGUUCAAUUGUUCGCUGACUACGACAAAUCAUCAGGGAAUUACAUAGUCGAUGUGGAUGGUAACACAUUGCUGGAUGUCUACAUGCAAAUAUCCUCAAUGCCCCUGGGGUACAACCACCCGGCGAUGCUGGAGGCCCUCUCCGAUCCCCACAACCAGAGGUCGAUCGUCAACAGGCCCGCCCUGGGGGUCUUCCCCGGUGGGGACUGGCCAAAGAAACUGAAAAGUAUUCUACUGAGGCCUGGGGUAGUGCCCCCGGGCCUUACGCACAUCACGACGAUGAUGUGCGGCUCGUGUUCAAAUGAAAAUGCAUUUAAAAAUAUCUUCCUGUGGUAUGCGAACAAGAAGAGACAUAGUCAGCCGUUCACUAAAGAGGAAAUGGAAAGCUGUAUGAUCAAUCAGAGUCCUGGCUCGCCGCGAUAUUCCAUUCUGUCGUUCAAAGAUGUCGAUGAUUGA